AUGGCCAUGGUAGCUAUCAUUGAGAACAGCCUUAGAUCUGAGACAGAUGAGAGUGGAUACAUUAAACGGCCGCCGAAUGCCUUCAUUGUGUGGUCCCACAUCCACCGAUGUGCCCUCUGCAAAACCUACCCGGAAGCUAUUAUGACAGAGAUUUCUGUUAGGCUGGGCCGUGAGUGGUCUAAGCUUAGUGAGGAACAGAGGAGGCCCUUUUAUGAAGUGGCUCACAAACUGCAAUACAUCCAUAGGCAAAAAUUGCCAGAUCAUAGGUAUCGCCCCCAGAGGAAAGACAGACAGUGUUUGUCCUCAGGGCAGGAAGCAGGACAGGACCAUGGUGUUUCCUUUUCACAGGCCAUGACUCCAGCUCAGUCCAAGUUGCAGGGCCCCAGCAUCUUUCCAUAUCCUGCCAUGAUGGCCCACACUGUGCCCUACGAUCUUAACCCAGCUUUUUGCUCAUAUAAUCAAAUGGGCCACUACUCCAGGGUCCAGAUCUCCCAUCAAAGGAUAUUCUACAGAUACUCAAAUGCCAGCAGCUCCACAGAGGAAGUGAAGAAUUACAACACCCACCUGCAGACCUCUGAGACUGCACCUGAGAGCCUUGAGCAGCCUGAUACUGUCUCCAGUCAGCAGCUUUCAGCCAACAACAAACUGGAGUGUAAAUGUGAGGAUAGUGUUGAUGUGCUGAACUGA